CGUUUUGUGUUCCCUCUUAGUGGAGGCACCCCCUGUCAUUGCAUUAAAAGCAACAGCCAUGGAAAGUGCCAUUUCAGAUAAGUCAAAAGGUUUUUGCUUAUCUUGGCUUGUGGGAGAGUUUUUGAUCAAGCUAAAAUGGGCUGCUGUCCUCGCUGAAUCAGAAAAGAGUUGAAAGCAACCUACAAGAUUGACCAAAUCAAUUAAACCUUUUUUUUUUUCAAAUGGUCUUGUGUGUUCUGAUAUCUCAUUUGUAGCAUAGUUCCCGUAUUGAAGUCAUGCUAGAAUCGGUGUAGUAUAAUCGGUCUGUAAUCAGCACAUAAAACAUCUAAAGGCACGAGCUUGAAGCUAACACCAGAAGAUCCGGCAUGGAGUGGAACGAGAUUGAGAAGACAGCGCAGAACAGUGUGAGACGGGGAGGAGUUGAAAAGCUGCUUUUCAAUGUCUUUCCAGCAACAACAACAAAAAAAUACGUAUUUUCAACGUGUUGUGCUCAUAGACACGUCGCUUUACCAGGGAGCAUCCCAAAGUCUAAAUGUAAAUCAUGCUCUGCAGCAGUGAUAUUUGGGAGUCCAACCUGUGUGUCCAUCCCACAAAUCCCUCAGCAAUCAGGAUGAUCCUGAGAAGGGUUGGUUUGCCCGGCUCAUCUCAGAAGGCUGUGUGGAGUCCUGUGCUGACCCAGCUGUCCCAGAGUGCUGUACACCAUGUGGAGGCCAAUGCCAGUCAUGACCUUCCCUGUCCCCUGACAGUGGAGCUGUUGAAGGCAAGAAAUCUUUACAUUCCUUGGUUGAAGGAUAGUCCUACUGUCAAUCAGGAAGUGAGCCAGCUCAAGAGACCUAAACUGUCAUGCCCCAAGUUGACCCAGCUGUCCCAGGGUGCUGUGCAGCAUGUGGAGGCCGGUGCCAAAGCCAGUCCGGUAUCCUCGUACCUUUCUUGGAAGAGGCUGAAGGAUUUUAUUGCGAAACAGAAGAAGGUGAGCCAGCCCAAGAGGCCUAAACUGGUCCCCAGCAUCAGGGCCCCCAAGGACCCCAGCCCACUACGACAGAAGCAGCAGCGACAGAGGAAGAGGUCAGCCGAUAAGGUGUAUGGCAGCAGGGGGUGCACGAGAGCAGCCAAGAAGGACAUCUCUGGAGAUCUGGCCCAGCUCAAGCCUGGUCAGUCCACAGGAGACGCCUGGAACAAUACAGACACUGGAGCUGAAGAACCUCGUCGUCUGGAGGUUAUGAAGAACCUGACAGGUCUGUGGGGCAGCACUGGGCAAGGCCAGCCUCAGCCGACUCCACGAGCCAACCGUCUCAGCCCCUCCCUGGCCCAGUACUUAGCCUCCACUGUCACACCGAGGACCUUUGACCUCCAGAUAAUGGGCAUGACCUCUGACCUAAUGGACUUCUUGGACAUGCCCGAGGAGAGACUGUCUAUAGAGCUUUGGGACCUCAGGGAGGGCACAGGGGACCAGCGCUACAAAGCCAACUGGCAAUUCUCAGAGGAGCACGGCAAUGUGCUGAUGGAGGGAGUCUGGCUCCAGAAAGAUGACAACUGGUAAUUUGGAGACCUCAGCUCGCCCAAACGCUUCCUCAGUAGGAAAGAGGAGGGAGCUUAUCUGCUGAUAUUCAUUCAUUCAUUAAUAUGCACACAUCAGUAAAGGCUUUGAGGAAAAUAGAAAUUGCAAUUGGAAGUUCAGUUUACUUUCUGAAUUUUAAAGGAAUUGACACUAAUCCCGGAACAAAUACACACAGGCUCACAGGCACACACAAAAAAAGGAUGACUCUUGAGGAUUGCAGUAUCUUAUCAUUUUUAUAUACAAUUAAUAUUUUCAUUAGCAUAAAUACAGUCAUUUUUGUGUUUUUAUUCUUCUUUAAAAUCCUGCUAUGACAACCCAGAGAAGUGUAGCAUUGUGGGGUUGCUGUGUCUGUGCAUUUGAUUAGUCUAAAACAUCAUGAACUGAUGGUGUCACAGGUGGGAUCUGAACCCUGGUCUACUGCGUGAGAAACCACCAUCUUAACAAUUAGGCCAAUAGAUAAUUCCUCCAUUACACUGGCAUAAGGGCCACUUAUAGGAAUGAAUCUCUACCAGGUAUAGUAGGACAACAUAUUUAAUAACUGAUGUGUCAUAUUACUUCCCCGAAAGGAAUAUAGAUGUGUUGAUCCCCAGGAUGGGAUAUAUGAGGAUGAUAUGUCCACCCAAGCAUCCAGACGCAUGAAAUAAAUUAGCUUCCAAAAUGCACUUGAUUGCUGAAAUAAAUGGAUUUACGUUAAUGAUUCUAUAUUUUAUUUGCUUUUAUACAGCGCAUGGUUAUCUUUGAGCUUGUGAAAAAGUGAGUUUGUUUCAGUGUCAAUUGGCGCUUUUUUUACUCAUUCAUCUAGAGUGUGUUAUUUAAAUGACAGAUUUACGUUGGGGUUUUGGUUCAUUCAGAUGGUAUUUACAGUGCUUUCAGAAUUCACACCCGUUGACUUUUUCCACAUUUUGUUGUGUUACAACCUGAAUUUAAAAUGGAUUCAAUUGAAAUGUGUUUUGUCACUGGCCUGCAAACAAUACCCCAUAAUAUCAAAGUGGAAUUUAGUUUUUUAUAAAUGUUUACAAAUUAAUAAAAAAAUUAAAGUUGA